GUUCUGCCAUACUUCAGGCGCGACGCAAAUUCUUGUCGCGUCAAACAUCUUCUUCUCUACCCGGCUCAUAGAGAGGGAUAUGACAACUUUUUGUGAGGAGGCAAAUACUGUUAAUACGCAACUCAAUUCCACGCCCAUUGACGUCUCUAUUCUGCAAGAGCCACCGACUUUGCCGGAUUCACCAGUCCCCAUUGUCGCAGAAGUGCCAAUCGUCUCACCCACCAUUACACCGACGACUACACCUACGAUUACACCGACGACAAGCACUAGUCGAGUUUCACGCCAACGAACAAGCGCGCAACACAAUGUAGAAGAUUCAAAGGCGCGGCGUCAAACACGCAGGAAGAACAAAAACAAAGAGAAGAAAGAGGACAAAGGCAAGCCUGAUCAGCGACGGCCUCGGAACUGGAAACCCAAGACCACACUUGUGGCUGGGAAGCCUGUCGUCUCAAGACGGCCAUCUAGGAGAAAUGCGGAAUCUGCGCUGUGGUUCUUAGAUGGCAGUGGCAGAGCUUGCUCAAUUGCGGCAUCAUCAAGAUGAAUAUCACAUGUUAAGAGGGGACCUGGAGACUCGAGCACCAGUUGGAUUGAGGGAGAAGCAUACCCGUUAACCUGGCAGGGCUGGGGGCAGCGAGCAGCUUUUUUCCCCUGAUAUAAACUGACUACCUCUUUUGUUCUUUGAUGCCACUUACGCAUCACCUUUCUAGGCAUGGCCGUAAAUCUGACAGGGUUGGAGGCAGCGGCGCAGUCUUUGAAGGGUUCAGGUCUGAGGUGCUCUCGAUAUGUGUAAC